UAUCGAUAUAUUGAUGUAUUGAUAUAUUUUGUACAACCUAAUUACUGUUUCAUUAACCGCUGCCCGCGACUUCAAUUCGGUUGUGCAUUAAUCUUUCUCCUCUGCGCCUGUAGAACCAAAUCCUUGCAAGAACAUGUCGAAGCCUGCCUACAAAGUUGCCGAUAUCAGUCUGGCCGAAUGGGGACGCAAGGCGAUUAUUAUUGCGGAGAACGAGAUGCCCGGCCUAAUGGCCUGCCGAAAGAAGUACGGGCCAUCCAAGAUCCUGAAGGGGGCUCGCAUCACCGGCUGCCUGCACAUGACCGUCCAGACGGCGGUGCUCAUCGAGACCCUCGUGGAGUUGGGCGCUGAGGUCCAAUGGUCCAGCUGCAACAUCUUCAGCACACAGGAUAACGCCGCGGCUGCCAUUGCGGCCACUGGUGUGCCCGUGUACGCAUGGAAGGGUGAAACAGACGAGGAGUACAUGUGGUGCAUCGAGCAGACCCUGGUCUUCCCCGAUGGCAAGCCCCUGAACAUGAUCCUGGACGAUGGCGGUGAUCUGACCAACCUGGUGCAUGAGAAGUUCCCUCAGUACCUGAAGGACAUCAAGGGUGUCAGCGAGGAGACGACCACCGGUGUCCACAACCUUUACAAGAUGUUCAAGGACGGCCGCCUGGGCAUCCCAGCCAUCAAUGUCAACGAUUCGGUGACCAAGAGCAAGUUCGACAACCUGUACGGCUGCCGAGAGUCCCUGAUCGAUGGCAUCAAGCGCGCCACAGACGUGAUGAUCGCCGGCAAGGUGUGCUGCGUCGCUGGCUACGGCGAUGUGGGCAAGGGCUGUGCCCAGGCUCUGAAGGGAUUCGGUGGUCGCGUGAUUGUCACCGAAGUCGAUCCCAUCAAUGCCCUGCAGGCGGCCAUGGAGGGCUACGAGGUGACCACAAUGGAGGAGGCCAGCAAGGAGGCGUCCAUCUUUGUGACCACCACCGGCUGCCGCGACAUCAUCACCUCCGUGCACCUGCUCAACAUGCCCGACGAUGCGAUCGUGUGCAAUAUCGGCCACUUUGACAUCGAGAUCGAUGUCGACUGGCUGAAUGCCAAUGCCAAGGAGAAGGUGAACGUGAAGCCCCAGGUCGAUCGCUACACCAUGCCCAAUGGCCGUCACAUCAUCCUGCUGGCCGAGGGCCGUCUGGUCAAUCUGGGCUGUGCCCACGGCCAUCCCAGCUUCGUGAUGUCCAACUCCUUCACCAAUCAGGUGCUCGCCCAGAUCGAGCUGUGGACCAAGUCCGCCGAGUACAAGGUCGGCGUGCACGUCCUGCCCAAGGUCCUCGACGAGGAGGUGGCCAGUCUCCAUCUGGAGAAGCUCGGCGUCAAGCUUACCAAACUGACGGAUAAGCAGUCCAGCUAUCUGGGUGUGCCCAAGACGGGACCCUUCAAGCCCGACCACUACCGCUACUAAGUAAACACGGAGCAGAC